AUGGCGUCCGACCAAGCUGUGCCCGCACCCGCUUUUGCAUCCCCGUUGCUAUACCACCACCGCGAGCCAAUCACCCUGGUUGAGCUCCGCAUGCGCAAGUUCUCCGGGCUCAUUCGCGCAAAACCGGACUGGUGGGAAAAAGUCCAUGACGCAAGCAUCGCUGCGAAGUGGAGGGCCGAGAUGGUCGAGCAGGACAAGGCCACCCUGUGGCCGCGCGACCCAAUAACGGACUCACAGCUGGACUAUAUCUUUGACCAGCUCAAGUACGAUGCGAGGCGGCGCGACGCCGCAACCGGCAUCUUCGCAACUUCAAUCCCUAAGGUCUACGAGUCUCGGAGUCUGAUCCCUGCGGACAUCAACUCCUCACUCCUUGCCCUCGUAUCUGCCCUCGAGGGUGUGCCGGAAGACCAGAAGGAUUGGCACCCUGGCUCUAACGGACAGGUCCUGGAUCUCGUGCACCCGUCGCUCUACCCUCUGAGGAUCGCACAUUCAUAUGUCCGCAAUAAAAGCAUCGACGGCGAGGCGCAUGGUGUCCACGUCCUGACCAGGGACGAAUACCUGUCCCAACGCCCGGACUUCGAGGUAUACCGGCAUGAAUCGUACAGGGUAGUCUCCGACGACUAUCAGUGGCUUCCAACAGACUUCGAGGUCUCUGCCACGGGUGAUGUCGUGGUACUAGCCUACAUCAACAACCUCCACCCAGAUAAAUAUCGUACGGGCUACACAGCGAUCUCCGCCGUCCUCUCGCGAUUCAUCCCGCUUUUCGAGAGGGUAACCUCCGACAUGCUCAGCCCGCCACCCCCUUUCGCCAUCGACGUGGAACCGACGGCGUGGUACGACCACCUGCAGAUGCCCGACUUUGGCGACUGGGACAUUCUGGAGGCGGAGGAGGAUCCCGAGGAGAAGUGGUAUGAAGAAGUGAGGUGGCCGCUGAUCCCCGACCCGCCACCUUUCGCUCCGCCAAGUCAUGAGGGCCGCGUCGACAUGAAGCUCCGCGGCCGCACAGUGCAGGUCAUCGUAAAGCUUGCGAACAUCAUCCUCACUCCGGAGAACCCGAAGUACCCGGGCGGGUCAUGGCAUGUCGAAGGCAUGGCAAACGAGAAGAUCGUCGCAACCGGCCUCUACUACUACUCGUGCGAGAACAUCACACAGUCUCGGCUCGUGUUCCGCACUGUCGUCGGAGGAGACCCUGCGGACUAUCCCCAGCUGCCUUACGAGCAAAGCGACAACAGGGGCUACUACACCGUCUUCGGCUUUGGGGGCGGCGAUCCGCUCAAUCAAGAGCUCGGGCACGUCGUCGCAGAGGAGGGCAAGUGCAUCGCAUUCCCGAACAUCUACCAGCACCGCGUCGACCCUUUCGAGCUCGCGGACCCGACGAAGCCCGGGCACCGGAAGAUUCUGUGCUUCUUCUUGGUGGACCCGCACACAAGGAUUCAUUCGACGAGCGAUGCCGCGCCUCAGCAGGAGGAGUGGCUCAUGGACGAGAUGGUCCGCAUCCCGGCGUUGCAGAAACUCCCAGCAGAACUGUUCAAGAUGAUCUCCGACUUCGCGACUGCCGGCACGAUGUCACGGAAGGAGGCCGAGCAGCAUCGCGAGUGGCUUAUGGACGAACGUAAGGAGUUUGUUAUGACAUAUAAUGAGGAGGUAUACGAGGUCGAGUUUAACAUGUGUGAGCACUAA